ACCUGAAGUGAGUGCCAAGGUCACAUUCAAACCCAAUGGCCUUGGAUGACGAGAAAUCUCGACUUCGUGCUUAUAUAAACGAAAGACUCAAUCGCAGUGGGGAGAAAGAAAAACUCAAAGAUCUUUUGAGAACUCGUCUGAGUGAAUGUGGCUGGAGUGAAGAACUGAAAAACCAUUGCCGUGGUGUCAUUCAAGACCGGGGACUUGAUAAUCUAACUGUUGAUGAUUUGGUAGCUGAAAUCACCCCAGUUGGUCGAAGAAUGGUACCAGAUGCUGUGAAGCAAGAGCUGCUGGAUGAGAUCCGAAGUUUCCUGAGCAAAGAAACAGAUAUACUUUGAUUGUUGCGAAGUUAACGUUAACAGUAAUUUCCAUAUUUUCAGCUCUUUUUUACUACUUAAUCUAAAAUUGUAUUCAAUUACUUCCGUUGUGCACUCGCUUCUUAACUAACUGCUAUCAUUGUGUAAUUACUGUUUUAUAUCUUCAAAAUGAUUGAUAGGAAUACAUUUUCUUGAAGCUAA